CCACGAUGCUACUCUGCCUUGGACAGCAAGACGAGCGCUCUGUAAUACUUUCGUAGCGGGCGAACCCUCCUCUUCUGAGAACCCUUCCAAAGUCUCGACUUUCAUCGCCGCCGGCUCCCGCAUCCCCAGAUCCCCCCUCAAAUCGCUCGAAAUGUUCCUCACCAGGACCGAGUACGAUCGUGGCGUCAACACUUUCUCCCCGGAGGGGAGGUUGUUCCAGGUCGAGUACGCCAUCGAGGCCAUCAAGUUGGGCUCUACGGCCAUUGGAUUGAGGACGAAGGAAGGCGUUGUGCUUGCUGUAGAGAAGCGUGUGACCUCACCCUUACUGGAACCCAGCAGUGUGGAAAAGAUUAUGGAGAUUGACGAGCACAUAGGCUGUGCAAUGAGUGGAUUGAUAGCUGAUGCACGAACUCUUGUAGAACAUGGUCGUGUUGAAACUCAGAAUCACAGGUUUUCAUAUGGUGAAGCAAUGACUGUUGAGUCAGCUACCCAAGCACUAUGUGAUCUGGCUCUUCAAUUUGGUGAAGGAGAUGAAGAAUCUAUGUCACGACCAUUUGGAGUAUCUCUUCUGAUUGCUGGUUAUGAUGAGAAUGGACCUAGCUUGUACUAUACUGAUCCAUCUGGCACAUUCUGGCAAUGCAAUGCGAAAGCAAUAGGGUCAGGAUCUGAAGGAGCUGAUAGUUCUCUUCAAGAACAAUACAACAAGGACCUAACCCUUCAGGAAGCUGAAACUAUAGCUCUUUCAAUCCUGAAACAAGUCAUGGAGGAAAAGGUGACCCCUAAUAAUGUCGACAUUGCAAAGGUUGCUCCUACUUACCAUCUAUACACACCUGAUGAGGUCAAAGCUGUCAUCACUCGUCUCUGAUUGGCUUGGCUAUUUAUCUUUUAUUUGUGUUUUUGUGUACUUGGUACUAAUGGCUAGAUUACUCUAAAAUGUGCUGGAUGUUGUGGCCUUAUUACUUGUUGGUUGCUUAUCCACUGAACCAAUUUAAGCUUUCGAAGGAGUACUAAAGAUAGUUCUUCUUUCUUGUGAUA